UCAUCAGGUUCUUUCACAUCAUGCCUGCUGAUUAAUGAGGUCCUUGAAAAAACAUGUUUUCUAACAUCGAAUGUUGAACCCGCAUAACGAUUCUCACUGUGGGAUACGUCUGGACUGUUACUGAUAAAAAGGUGAUUCCCAGGCGAAUAACAUCAAUUAGCUGUUCAACCCCAACUCAGGGCAAAAUCGAUUCAUUUCCAUGUGGUUAUUCACAAAGAUUGAAGUUUAUAAUGGAUAGCUGCUUCCCAAAACAGUGAGGCGAUCGUCAGCACAACCAAACGUUUUCAUGAAGGGUAGACAUCAGUUUCGUAGGCGUUUUAGUCUGCAGCCCUCCUUCCUCAAAGAAGAAUCUGAGCCUGACAGGCAACAAAACUCUAGGUCACCAGGUAGUGAGGAUGCAGAAUCCCUUGAAAAGAAUGAUACCAUUGGUCCCCCUUCAGGUAGUUACGUCAGACAUAAGAUAGUAGUUAUGGGUGCUGCUAAAGUAGGAAAGUCUUCCAUUAUCACACAAUUUCUCUACUCUACCUUUUCACCGAAAUACAAACGCACAGUGGAAGAAAUGCACCAUGGUGACUUCAAUGUGAAUGGUGUUCAUUUGACACUGGACAUUUUGGACACUGCUGGUUCUUUCGACUUUCCUGCCAUGAGAGCCCUUUCUAUAUCUUCUGCAGAUGCCUUUGUUUUAGUUUAUGACGUUACUGAUUCCUCAACAUUUGAAGAAGCCAGAACGUUGAGGGAUCUAAUCCAUGAGACCAAAGGAACUUCGAGUGUGCCAAUAGUUGUUGUUGGAAAUAAGAUUGACCUUAUGGGGAACAGAGAGAUCGACACAGCCACAACUGAGUCAGUAGUGACAGUCGAUUGGGAAAAUGGGUUCGUUGAAACAUCAGCCAAAGAAAAUCAAAACGUGAGCAAAGUGUUCAAAGAACUCCUGUUGCAGGCCAAGUUGAAGUACAAUUUAAGCCCAGCUCUCCGAAGGAAACGUAGACAGUCCCUUCCACUCCAAUCAGGCGUACCACCAUCAACACCAUCACACAGCAGCGCCAUGGUUCCCUCAGCUGUUCAACUCCAACACCUCCAAAACAUACGAGAUCGACAUGGAAAGAGAAAUUCGUGUGUUUUAUCCUAAGAGAUAAAUCUAUGACCGAACCAAGAAAACAGUAUUCAGGAUUCAAUACAGGCUGUUUCUUCUUCAAUAAUUCGGCAGUUGAGUUGUUCAUUUUAGAUUUUUAUACCCUGAGAAAAUGUCAUCAACUCCGCACACCGAAUAACAAUGACGAUUUUCAUUUCUCAAUAUUGUUCUGAAAUACUAGCCUUUCAUAUAACACUGAACGCUUUCACGACUGGAUUGUUGAACAGAAUUAGAAAAUUCCAGUCUUUUUAGCCUUCGUCUAGUUGGUUUCGCUUACUACUGUGGUAAUUGUCUUCAGAAAUUUCUAGAUCGUAGAUUGUAAUUCGACGCUGUUGAGCAGGAAUUCUUCCAAAUCUUCGAAAUAUACAAAAAUUCAAAUAACAUCAAUAGACGAAAGUGAAGAAUCAGAAAUAAUUCAUAGCACCUGGUCAACACAGAUAGGCCGAAGGCGAGGGAAUGAAAAAAAUAGCUCCGCCUCCUCCCACUAUGGUGAGGAAAGUAUAAAUACCGCAUCAGGAUAGAGCCGACAUUCAAAUUGGAAAAAUCCAGCAUCGAGUUGAAAUCUACCCCCCAGCAGGGCCAGCGUUAAGGGUGAAGCAGCGAAGCGACCGUUUCAGGCGCCUUUAUUUGAGGGACAGCAAUUCGGCCCAGUUUUCUGACGGCCUUUUGAUAUUUCAACCUUGAUUCUUAAAAACAGCAAAAGAUUAUUCUGCUUCGCUUCGUUUAUCAACAUUCUCUGCAAUAAAAAUCUCCAAACUACCUUCACUAAACCGUAUGUACACACAUGGCAGCCUAACCAAUAUAAACAGAAUUUCCUAUUACACUCAUUGAAGGAGGGAUAAAAUCAUCACUAGAAUAAUCAUUAAAAUUAAUUUUUUUUCACGCACGAUUGCAUGUAUUAUCAUUGGAGCAGGUGCUGUUUUUUUCAUUAGAGGAGGUGGUUAUGAGAGAGGUUAUGUUGUUAUUGUUGCUUUUUGAGCAAGGGAGCCGAAACAUCCUGUUACCUAGAAAUCUCUGAAAAUGCCUACAGCUGUAGUAAGUGAAACGUCAGUUGAAAAAGAAACUGGACCACGGCUACAAAGCCUGGAUCUCAACAAAUCUGUUGAUACUAGCCUUUCUUUGUUCCGAGUUGGAGAAUUUUCAAUUAUCAUGAUAUCAAUGAAAUCAAAAUAUCUGAAGAAUAUUUUGGUAAAUUGAAUGACUUUUAUGAAAUCACCUAGACAAUCAUGAGGCUUCUUCCGUGAGUUUUUUGAAUACCUACAUAUCAGCUUCAAAUCAUAGAAUUUCAAGGUAGAUAAGAGAGAUAAUAAUGAUAGGAGCCAUAAAUACGGAUUUUUUAUUCAAAAAUAUGAGAUUCUUUUUGUUAAUUCAGCGCUUGAAAAAUAUUAUCUUUUUGGAAGAAGAUUAUUUUUUAAUAUUUUUUCAGUGACCGUUCAGUUAUCUGAAUUGACGAAGUCUGGAAAGUUUUUUUUAGAUUUGGGUAUUUUUUGAGAAGAAAAAUUAUGAUUAUCACUAGACCAAUUUGAGACCAACGUAUAAUAAGGAAACGAUUUAUAUAAAGAUAUAUUAUAGUCGUUGAUGAAUAAGACCCUGAACCACAGAAAUAAUAAAAAAGUUUUUCAAAUGUUGUUGAAAAGUUAUGUUUUAGUUAUGAUGAAUUAUACAAAUGCAAUUAUGAGGUUGAGGUUAAGUCGAUAACGCCUUUAUGAAAAAUAAAUAGUGGUUUGCAUUUUUUAAGGUGAUAUAAAAAUGUUACCAAAGGCCCGAAGAACAACUUGAAAAUCUUUUAUCAGAAGAUCCAAAAAAACAAAAGUGAAUCUUACCAAAAAGUAUACUUAAUCGAUAUACAUCUGCAAUAAAUUCAAUAUGCAUAUGAAAAAAUUUAGUUUUCCGAUAUUAAUAACUUGAAUCAAUACUUGGAUACCCAAUAAAUUAGGGGUAGUCUCAUUGGAUUUGAAUAUUCUAUAGAAAUAUGACAUCCAAAACGAUGAUAUAAUAAUUAUUAUUCUUGUUAGUUACCAAUAUCGAAAUGGUUCAUCAUUUCUGAACCAUUUCGAUAUUGGUAACUAACAAGAAUAAUAAUUAUUUUAUCAUCAUCGGUUUUCAUCAAAUUUCAAAGGAAUUCAAUUCCAAAUGAAUUUGAAGGUCAAACUGACCAGAAGAUUUCGUUAGUUGAGUGCCUUUUUGAGCUAAGCAAUAAAAACAUUUCAUCUCUGCAGUAUUGCAUCAGGUUUUCAGCCAUUAAAAUAUUUAUUGAUAAUUGAAAAUUUUCUCUUCGAGUUCACAUGUUCUAUUAUUUUUAUAUUCAUUAGUACCUGCUUGAUCUCUACUAUUGAAUAGAUCAUCUGGAACGCAUGCCUUUGACAAAGUAAUAUCAACACAUGUACAUAAUUCAAUUUAAAAAAUUUCUAUUGGAAAUAUCCCACCCUCAAAACUUGAAAACCAUCUAAGUAGGUGAUAAAACUAAGUUUCAUUCUUCAUAUUUGUACGCCCCUUUGAAUGAAACACACCCUAUCAAUUCAGAAGUUGUGUAAAGCACUCUUUCUUGAAUAUUUUUUCAUAACAAAAUAAAAACUGAGUUAAAUUUUCAUAUUAUAAUUUUUAAUGAUCUAGAUGUUAUAUGUAGUGAUUAUAUUCGACAUGUAUAUUUCGGUAAUUUAAUGUAAAAUCUCAGGGGACCUUUCUGAUAAUUUUAAGAAGAGUAGUUUCAUUUUUUUCAGCUAUUAAAAUGUGAUGAGUUUUUAGACGCACAAAUAAUUUCAAUCUCUUGAAAAUUUUUUCCUUUAUAUCAAGAAUAUUUCUCCAUUUUCCUAUUAUUUGAUGAACACAAAUGGUCCAAACUAUCUUUGUUGCUUGUUUUGUGACCAGCAAUUUUCGAUUUCAUGAACACUCGAUGUACAAUGGUUGUCCACUUAGUACUACUCUGUGAAAUGAAAAUUCAGUACGGGUACUGUCAUUAUCAUUCGUCGUUAUAUUUCAUAAAUUUUUCUCAUUGUAUUGGGAGUCUCUAACACCAAAUAAAGGCUUUUGCUGCCUGGUAUUUUGUGUAAAUGGAUAUUAUUAAUCAUAUUUACUGAUAUAGUAUACUAAAAGUAAUAAUAUACCUAAUUAUAAUCAAAAUGAGUAUGAAAUCAGUACCUAUGUCAAUUUAUGUAGUAAACAUGAUAUAGAACUUUUCUUCCAUAGGUAUCUUUUUAUAAAUUGGUAACAAAUAUAGUUGAAUGUAAUCAAUAUCAUAUUGAAUCGAAUGUGAAGAUUUGAGGAAUUAAAGAAAUACGAAGAUGA